AUGUCACAGUUUCGUGAUACAUUUACUAAAGAUAGUAAUAAAGAGCCAUUGUUAAGUUAUGAUGACUCUGCAUUUAUUUUUUUUGCUGGAACAGUUUUAAUUUGUGUAUUAAUUCCUUGCACUUAUUCGUAUAUAAAAUCUUUAAUUAAUAAGUUUUUUAAAAAUGAUUAUUAUAACCUAAAUAAAUCUAAAUAUAAUAGCGUUUAUCGCUCAUGCACAUGCUCUUUGUGUAAAAUGAAACAAGAAAAAAGAAAUAAGAGCACAACAUUAUGGCAAAAAGUAGGAUAUACAAAAAUAGUUCAAUUUUUUGUUUUAUUAUCAUUGUGGGUAAUAUUAGGUAUUCUAAUAAAUAAAAUGUUGAACACUAAACCAAUGCAAACAUUUGAUCCAUUUGAAAUACUAGAAGUUAAUAUAGGAGCAUCUGUAGGGGAAAUUAAAAAGGCAUAUAGGUUAAAAUCAUUAAAAUAUCACCCAGAUAAAAAUCCCAAUGAUACAUCUGCUGCUGCUAAAUUUAUUUUAAUAACAAAAGCAUAUCAAGCUUUGACUGAUGAAAUAUCUAAGGAAAAUUAUGAAAAAUAUGGAAACCCGGAUGGGCCAGGAAUGAUGAAAGUAGGAAUUGGAUUACCUAAAUUAUUGAUAGACGAACGAUAUCAAAUAUUAAUAUUAUCUAUAUUUUUUUUAAUAUUUCUUGUAUUUAUACCUGCUAUUUUUAUUAUUUACUACCAAAAACAAAAACAGUAUGGACCCAAUGGGGUUAAAAUAGAAACAUUACAAUAUCUUACUUAUACGAUAAAUGAAAAUAGUAGAGCGAAAUCAUAUCCAGAAAUGCUUGCUGCAACAGCAGAAAGCAGAGAUUUAGAAUUAAGAGAAGAUGAUGAGAAGUAUAUUAAAAAAAUGAUGGAUGAACUUGUUGAGCCGAAAAAAAGGAGCUUUAAAGUUCCUAUUAUAACGAAAAAUUAUUUUUUAAUAUUAGCUCAUAUGCAAAGAAGGUAUGAUUUAUUAUCGGAAGAUUUAAAAAAAGAUUUAGAAAAAAUUCUUCAAUUUUCUUUACUUAUAACACAUAGUAUGAUAGAAAUAAGUAUAUUAAGAGAUUGGUUUUUAACAGCUCAGGCAGCUUUAACAUUUAGAAGAUGUUUAAUACAAGCAUUUGAUAUGAGAAGUUCAAGUUUAUUACAAGUUCCGCAUUUUGAUGAUAAUACUAUAAGGCAUGUUCACAAAGGAAAAUUUGCUGUAAAAGAAUUAAUUGACUUUGUUCAUCAAGAUCAUGAAUAUAGGAAAGGAUUAGCAGAAAUGAACGAGGAGCAAAUUCUAGAUGUUAAAUCAUUUUGUAAUAUUGUUCCUGAUAUAAAAUUAAGUGCAGAAAUAUUAGUUGAAGAUGAAACUCAUAUUGUGAAAGGAGAUGUAGCUUCAAUUUAUGUUCAUCUUGAUAGACUUAAUCUAAAUGAAAAAGAAGCCUCUGGUUAUAUUCAUGCACCAUUUUUUCCUCAGCCAAAGUUUGAAGAAUGGUGGAUAAUUGCAACAUACAAAGGAGAUGAUCGUAUUUUAAAAUAUGCACAUGUAAAAAAUUGUGAAAAAAAAUUAGAAGAAAAAUUACAAUUUUUAGUAGAUAGGGUUGGAAAUUUAUGUAUAACAAUUUAUGCAUUCAGUGAUUCUUAUUUUGGAUGUGAUAAAAAAAUAGAUUUACAUUUCAAAGCCUACUCUAAAACUGAAAUAAAGAGAGAAAUUUUUGUGCAUCCAGAAGAUAUAGAAUUAGAUAAUGAACCAACCUUAUUUCAACAAAUGUUAGGUGAUAUUAAAAAAAAAGGAAAUAGUAGCGAAGAAGAAGAUGAAUAUGAUAGGGAGGAUAAAAAUGAUUCAAAUAAUAUCCAAAAAAAAACUGGAAAAUCCGAACAUGAAAAUUAUGUUCCGGAAGAUGAAAUAAAUUAUGACUCAGAUGAUGGUUAA